GAUGUCCCGGCCGCCCUCCAUCACCAUCCGCGUCUCCGAGGACACCGACAGCGAUGGCCAGGAGCCGAGCCCGGACAACGAAGGAGCCCUGCACACCUCCUUCCACCAGCUCAUCCAGGAGCAGAGCAGCUUGGUAGAGGCGGUUCUGGAGCUGGAGAUGCAGGCGAGGGGCAGAGAGCACCCAGCCCGCCUGGCCCCCCAAGAUGCCUGUGCCACGGUGUGGCAGGAGCCUGGGCAGGAUGAACAGCAUCCUGGUUACUCCUCCGCCUCCCUGCGGAUCCUCGCCAACAUGCCCAGCCGUACCAUCGGGCGCAGCCGUGGGGCCAUCAUCUCCCAGUACUAUAACCGCACAGCCCGGCUGCGGCGCCGGAGCAGCCGCCCACCCCUGCAGCAGCUCUGCCACACGGCGCGGCCCAGCCUGCGGCAGUACGACCUGGAGACUGACCCUGCCAGGGCCACGCUGGAAGGUGAGGACAAGCGGAGCCUGCUGGUGAAAGAGCUGCUGAGCCUCUCACCCAGCCAGCGCAGCCACAUGCUGCUUAAUGUGCCCCUCAGCCUGGCAGAGAAACGCACCCUCCGGCAGGAGCUGAGUGGGCAGAGGGGCCCCCUGAGGCAGCACGCCCAGUGCCGGGCCCCCUCCUCUCUCUGCGGAUGGUCCAAGGACUACAUCAUCCUCGGCUGCCGGGGCCUCUGGUACAGGCUCCUCUCCCUGCUCCCUGCCGCGAAGCCCUGGCAUUAUGCCCUGAAGCAGAUUGGUGGCCGCUUCGGCUCCAGUGUCCUCUCCUACUUCCUCUUCCUCAAGACGCUCCUUAUGUUCAACAUCAUCUCAUUCCUCAUUCUCCUGGUCUUCGUGGUGGCCCUGCAGGCUGCGUAUCCCCCUGCCUCCACCAGCCCCCAGUCCUUCACUGGCCUCGAGCUCCUGACUGGAGCGGGCUACUUCACUCACUCACUGCUAUACUACGGCUACUACAGCAACGUCACCCUCAACGACCCCUGCGCCUCCAGCCCCAAUGACAGCGCAAGCCCCCUCACAGCCCCCCCGCUCCCAUACAACAUGCCGUUGGCCUAUGUGUUCAGUGUUGGGGUCUCCUUCCUCGUCACCUGUGUCCUGCUGGUGUACAGCAUGUCCUGCUCCUUCCGGGAGAGCUACCGUGUGGGCAGCUCCGCUGGGGACCUGGCCGUCAAAGUCUUCUGUGCCUGGGACUUCAAGGUGAUCCAGAGGCGCUCAGUCAAGCUGCAGUGUGAGAACAUCUGCACCCAGCUGAAGGAGCUGCUCGCGGACCAGCAGUCCCGCUCCCGCUCCCUGAGCCUUUGCCAGCGCCUGGGGCACUCUGCUGUGCUUCUCCUGGCCUGGGCCCUCUCGCUGAGCACAGUGCUGGGCUGCGUACUGGCUGUGCACUACUUCUCAGAGCACAUGCACCAGGACCACCGAGCAUGGGGCAGCAGUGAGCGGCAGCAGGAAGCCAUCCUGCUGGUCCUGCCCUUCAUGGUGUCUCUCCUCAACAUGCUGAUGCCCCACCUGUACAACUUGCUGGCGACGUGGGAGAAGCAGGACUCCCCCGUGGCACAGGUCUAUGUGGCAAUCUGCAGGAACCUCAUUCUGAAGAUGGUGGUCCUCGGCCUGCUCUGCUACCAGUGGCUCAGCCGGAGAGUUGUCUGCUCAACAGAGGAGUGCUGGGAGACAUGUGUGGGGCAGGACCUGUAUCGCUUCGUGGUGAUGGACUUCAUAUUCACCCUGCUGGACACGCUCUUCGGGGAGCUGGUCUGGAGGCUGAUCUUGGAGAAGAAGCUGAAGAGGAAGCAGAAGCCCGAGUUUGACAUCGCCCAAAAUGUGCUGGAGCUGAUCUAUGGGCAGACCCUGACCUGGCUGGGCGUUCUCUUCGCACCGCUCCUGCCAGCCGUGCAGACACUGAAGCUGCUGCUGCUGUUCUAUAUCAAAAAGACCAGCCUGAUGCAGAACUGCCAGUCCCCCAGCAAGCCCUGGCAAGCAUCUCACAUGAGGACUGUCUUCAUCACCCUUCUGUGCUUCCCAUCCUUCCUGGGUGCAGCCGUCUUCCUCUCCUACACCAUCUGGUCGGUGCGGCCGUCAGAAACCUGUGGUCCCUUCCAGGGGCUGGAAAACAUCUACAAGUCAGGGAAGACCUGGGUGCAAGUGCUGGAGAAGUCCAACCCGAACAUCACCUGGUUCGCGUGGGUCCACCAGCACUUGGUGGAGAACACCUUCCUCCUGUUCUUUGUGUCUGGGGUCCUGCUAGCCGUGAUCUACUUCAACAUCCAGGUGGUGAGAGGCCAGCAGAGGAUCAUCUGCCUGCUGAAGGAGCAGAUUGCCAAUGAAGGGGAAGAUAAAAUAUUUCUCAUUCAGAAGCUUCACUCCGUUUACGAGCAGAGAGAGAGACGCACCUGAGUCCCAG